AUGGCUGUUGAGCAGAGUGCCCAGCUUGCUGGCCUUGGACCACUCAUUAGACCAAAGCCUCACCCACUAUUGAAGAAGACUAAACCCUUAGUGUCGUCCCUGGACUCGGAAAAUGCAGCGAUGACUAUGCCGGGCCCUAAAACAUCUGGCAGUGCAAACACAACUCAAAAUGCUGUGAACACGGGGAAGAACAAGUAUCAAGAUUUAAAGAUCACCUUUAAGGACGGCGUCAAAGCAAAUCAAAAGGUUUCUAACACCAGUGUAUCCACUUUAAGUCAGACCACAUCCGAGUCUUCCACACCAUGUUCAGAGGAAGUGGGAGUAAGGAAGUGGGUGAAAAAUGUGGUGUCCAAGUCCCAACUGCAGCCCUCUGUGCCAUCAAGUACACAAAGUGCUCAGGCGGUCUCGAACAACAACUCGGAGUGGACAGAAGAUGUUGAUGCACCUGAGACAUUUGACGAGCAAAUGGUUAGAAAUCGGGCUGGGAAAACUGCCAAAGAUGCAUCCAGGGGAAAGAAGUGUGCCUUUUCUGACUCGUUGGAGGAAGAAGAAGAAUGCAAAGUCCAAGAUGAUCCAGAUGCUGAUGAAGGCCCUAAUGUCGAUGAUCCAGUAGACGACAUGGAUGAUGAUGUCAAGAUGGUAGAUCAGCAGCUGCCUGAGGUUGGUACCAAGAUGUCAGUUGAUAUUGUUAAGUCAGAUGACUCGAAGCCUGUCAAAACCGAAAGUGCAGCCAACCAACGAAAGACGAUCAGCCUCAAGAAAGAAAAACCCAAGAACGCUCACUUACGCAGCCAUGCUCAGAACGGAAAAUGGUGUUCUAAAUUCCUUCCAGCAGUAAUGUACUGGGUCGGAAACUCUAACUAUCCUUGGACCAUCCCCAAUGAAAAACUUUCGGACGUCUGCUAUAAUAUUUUCAGUGUAGUGUACAACGGUGUACCCGGAGAAUUUGAGGCCGACAGCUGGAGUGGUGGGUUUCACGUGUCAGUAAACUACAUUUCAGCAGGUUUGUCAAAGGAUUUCAGAGUGGAGGGGAGUCUUGGCUCCACUGCUGUCAGUGUCCUGGUGAUGUUUUUUACUUCAAAUGACGACUUCCAGGCUCCCAAGGCACGAAAGAAAUAUGCUGAAUAUCAGCUCGAGGACUCGUGCUUUGUGUAUGAAGACCCAGACAACGAGGACUCACCUGGAGCCUUUCUGUCUGAAUUCAUCUUGCAUGUUUUUGCUGCCCACCUUGAUGCUAUCCAAGGAUAUGAGAAAAUUGACAUAAUUGAUUGUGGCUUACCUGGACACCAAGCCGCGCUUGCACUGGCAACUGCAGCUGCAUAUAAGGAAACAUUAAGGGACAAAAAGGAACCUGGGGAUUUGCUGAUGCAUUGGCCAUUUGCCAAUCACCAGUUGCCAAUCAAUGGUUUGAAACAUUUGGAAUCAGGUGCAUUAGUUAAGGACUAUGAAGGACCUGAAAAAGAACUCAAACAAGCUGUGGAAUGA